UUUUAUUAUUUUAAUUUAUUUAAUUAUAAAUUUUAAUUCACUGUAAUAAUAAUAAUUAUUAUUAUUAUAAAAAUGAUGAAAGUUGUUUGCGCAGCAAGUACAUGUAAAUAUUCAUCUAAAAAUGAAGAUUCAAGUGAUAUUAUUUUUAUCAGCUUUCCUAACAAUGAAAUGUCUACAGUUUGGGCACACAAUUGUGGGCGACAAGAUUUAUUAAUUAAAUCAAAUGAAGAAUUACAUAAUAAUUAUUACAUAUGCUCAAAUCAUAUUGAAGAUCGUUACUUCAUAAGUAAAACAAAUAAUACAAUAUUAACAGAAGGUGCUGUACCAACGUUAUUUCACCAUCAAUUAUCAAUAAACAAUGAAUCGCCAUCAGAGCCACACUAUUAUGAAUUGAAACAAUAUACACCAGAAACUGAUAAUAUUAUAAAUGCAAUGCAAUUAAAUAAUUGUAUUAAUGAUGUCAAUGAUUGUCCAUCAAAUAAUUUUGAAGACACAGCAACAUCAAAUUUUGAAAAUGCAAUUUAUAGUGCUGAUUUACAUGGAUCAAAUAGUAGUAUUAGUACUCAUAUUAAUGAAAUAAAUAGUAAUGUUACUUCUAUUGAUAGUGGUGAUAGAAAUUUAAAUAAUUAUUGCAAUAUAAAUAUUAAUAUAGAACAAUUUGAUGAUGAUAAUAAUGGUAGUGAGGAUAUUUCAGUAAGAUAUAAUAGUUUAUGCAGAUUAUGCGGCCAAUCAAUUGGCAAUGGUAUUGACAUAUUUUCUGACAAUCAAACAAACUUUAAAACAAUUGAUAAAAUAAAUUUACAUUUGCCAAUAGCUGUUGAUUCAAACGAUUCAAUGCCGCGAAAAAUUUGCUCUGACUGCUAUGAUAAAUUAGAAAUUUCUCAUUCUUUAGUUAUUACAUGCUUGCAAACUGAUAUUAGGUUGAGAAAAUAUUUUAAUCUUCCAACUAAGUAUAAUAAUGAAGAUAGAUAUCGCGAAUUAAUUUCAUUAAAUGAAAUAGAAAUAAAUAAUGAAAUAUGCAUGGAUACUUCAACAGUUGAUGAGUUAGAAGCAGUAACCGAAAAAGAUAAAUCUAGCAGCAUAGAUGUAGCUGAAUUAAAUAAUCAAGUAACGGAAAGUAAUCCAGUAAUACAAACUAAUCAAACAGUUAUACAAUGUCCAAAUAAUCCAUCAACAAAAUUAGAUGAUCGUUUUAAAUAUGUACUACAGUCAGAUUUAAAUAAUUUAUUAUUAGAACCAUUAGCACUUGACUCUACAAAUAUUACGAAUAAUACAUCAGAAAAUUUAAAUGUGGAAAAUACUGUUGAUAAUUUAAUAAUAGAUAACAAUCAACCGCCACAAGAACAGAUAAAUUGUUUAAAUAAUGCUAAUGAUAAGUAUGAAGAUAAAUGUGAACAAGGUGCAUUAACAGAAACAAGUAGCCAUCAAGAUAUUGUUGAUCCAAUAACGGAAGAUAUAUUUAAUAAUGAUCAAACAUUUGAUGAUACCGAUGUACUAUACAAUGAUCAACGUGGCUACCCCGCAUUUAGGUGCAAAAAGUGUAAGGAUUUAUUUAAUAAAGAAGAAGAUUUAUUAAUACAUGAUUUAUAUCAUACAAGAACAACUUUUCCAGAUCAAGAACGUAAAUGCGGACACUGUUCAUUGUCAUUUUUCAAUCGUAAAGAUUUACAAAAUCAUAUAUCUGAUAAACACAGUGGAUUACAAAUGCUAUUUAAAUGUGGUAUUUGUGAUAAAAUAUAUGAAAAAUGGUCAAGCUUAGAUGUACAUGAGGCUACACAUCGUCAAGAUAAACCUUAUCUAUGUGAUCUUUGUGGUAAAAGUUUUAAACAUUCAAAUAAUUUGAGAGGACAUAAACGUACACAUUUAGAUAUCACUAAAAAAAAAAGGCAUAAUUGUGAAGUAUGUGGUAAUGCUUUCAGAUCAAGAUUUCAUUUGAAAGAACAUAUGAAUCAACAUAAUGGCGAUAAACCAUAUAAAUGUGAACAAUGUGAAAAAGCAUUUUCUAAAAGAAUUCAAUUACGACAACAUCGACUUUCGCAUGGUUUGAAUAAACACACUUGUCCUAUUUGCGGUGUGUCAUUCAAUCGCAGGGGUAAUAUGAAUACGCAUAUGAAAAGACAUAAUAAAGAUGACGGGAUGUAUACUUGUAGUGUAUGUGAAUGCAGAUUUAAAUCAAUGAGUGAAUUAAAAUUACAUCGUAAAGAGCACACUGAUAAUGAUAUACUUGAAAGUAUUAAAAAAAAAUGUAAUGAUAAAGAAAUAUUUCAAUGUAAAAUAUGUUCACGUGCAUUUCCUAAACGUGCUGCAUUAUUAAAUCAUGAGCGUACACAUAAUGGUACACAGCCAAGAGUUGAAUGUGAUAUAUGUGGUAAAAAAUUAGCUAAUAAAAGUUCAUUAAAAUAUCAUACUAAAUCAAUCCAUACAACAGAAAGACCACACAUGUGUCAAUUUUGUGGCGAAGCAUUUGUUACCAAAGAAGCGCGACUUAUUCACGAAAGAAUUCACACUGGUGAACGUCCGUAUGUAUGUAAAAUAUGUAAUAUGCAAUAUAGAUGCUCGAGUAAUCUUAGUCAGCAUAUGAAAGUUCAUUCUGAAGUACGACCUUAUACAUGUCAAUAUUGUAAUAAAAGUUUUACACGUAAAGGUGCAUUAACUAUUCAUGAACGUACUCAUAGUGGUAUUAAACCAUUUACUUGUACUAUUUGUGAUAAAAUAUUUUCACAAAAAUAUGAAUUAAUUAAACAUAUUAAAAUACAUGAAAUAAAAACACUUAGUUGUGAAUAUUGCAAUGAAAUAUUUUCUUCAAAGACUGAUAUAUCUAAACACUUUAAUAGUGUUCAUAGAUUUUAUUCCAAUGAUUCUUUAAUUAAUGAUAAAAAUAUUUUACUUACGAACAAUAUGCAAGUAUACUCCUUAGAAUAGAUAUUAAUACUUGUGGUAAUAAAUUUCUGUAUUACGGCAGUAACUUUAUGUCCUUAUAUUCAUGCACUGUAAAAAUUUUUGGACUUAGUGUAAAAAUUUUGGCGUGAAAAUUACACCAAAUAUCGUGUUAGAUUUAGGCGGUGCGAAUUAAAUAUUUUUAAACUGUCAAGUAUGUUAAGAAAAAUAAUCAUAAAAAUAUUGAAAUGUUAAAAAUACUUUGAUUAUGUAUUGAAAUAUAUUGAUUAAGUAGUUAAAAAUGUUCGAUGAUCAUUUGUCGCUCAUUAAUCAAAAUUAUAACGAGUAACACGGAAUGGUGUAGAAAAAUAUAGAUUACACUGUGUUAAAUUUAUACGGAAAGCUAAUUUACACCGUUAUUUUACACUACACGGCCACGUAAAGUUCUCGGGAGCCAUUGUUACACCAAAAUUUUUUACAGUGCAUUGUUGCGACCGAUUUGCAGCAUUGCAACAAUCCUAAGACUCUAGGACACAAGACCUAAACAUUCAAGCUCAAUACUUGUAUUGCAUCUAGUACUGAAUUAAAUUGAAUGCUAUUAUCA